AUGAGCGACGUGGGUGAAGAUGAGAAGCGAGAAGCGGUCAAGUUCAAGGAGGCGGUCCAAGGAGCUCGCCACGCCGACGACAGUGACGAGGAGAUUGGACCCAAGCCUCUCCCAGCAGCUGAAGAGACGGCUGCGUCGUCGCUGAACUAUGGCAAAGCGCUGCUUCCCGGUGAAGGCGCUGCUAUCGCACAGUUUGUGCAGAAGAAUAUGCGUAUUCCGCGUCGUGGUGAAGUGGGCUGGAACGGCGAGGAAAUCGAGAACUUGGAGAACCUAGGCUACGUGAUGAGCGGUAGUCGCCACAAGCGCAUGAAUGCGGUCCGCAUCCGAAAGGAGAACCAGGUGUACACGGCUGAAGAGAAGCGUGCGCUGGCUCUGAUUAACUUCGAGGAGAAACAACAACGCGAGAACGCGAUCAUGAACGAUUUCAAGGAAAUGCUGACUGAGCGGCUGACGAAGAAGCACGGCUCUCGACUUGUUGAAGACAUGGAGUCAUCUGCAAAGGAUUAG